GAUGCCUACAAGAAGUUUAUCAAGACGAUCAAGGAUGCGAAGCUCAAGGCCAAACCAUCUGUGCCGGCUUAUCGCCUGAAAACUUUUGUGCUCAACUCGUUGUCAUUCGGACUUGCGCAGCACAGAGAACGAGUCUACAUCUUGGGUGUGCGCCAGAGUGCUUCCGGGUUGAAAAGGCCUUUGCCAAAAAAUCCCACCCCGAAGAUCAGCAAGAAGCCUGAGCUCGCAAAGUUCCUGCGUCCUCUGACAGUUUCUCCUGGGGAUCGUCAGUUGAAGAGCAAGACAGCGAAGAAGAAUUUCAGGUGGGCUUCAAAGACAUACACGGGAGCUUCGGAGGCAGUGGUUGACUGUGGUGCUGGCAAAGAGUUCAGACAAGUGCGUGAGGGAGCGACACCAACCAUCACUCGAGCACGGGGGGCAUCCAGAUCUUUCUUUUUGCUCAAGGAGCGUCGGUACUUAACCCUCCAUGAGCUUGAGCUCUUGCAGGGCUUCAAGAAGAUCAAUUGGCCCAAGGGGAUCCCCAAGACAAAGCGUGGUGCUAUGAUCGGGAACGCCACGAGCGUGCCAGUGCUUGCAGCAGCGAUGAGAGCGGUGCUUGUGGCAGGUCAGUUGUGGGCUGCAUUCAACUCCAACCUGACGGUCACCCAUGGAGAGAAGAUCACCGAGAGCUAUUCGAAGCUGGCAAUUCAAAUCCACGACAACCUCCUGACGAACGCCAGCAUUCGCUCCCUUCUAUUGAGCAGCGAGCAGUGGUUUGAAAAGAAGGGGCCGCUUGACUCUCUUUACAAAUUGGAAGCCAUUUCCCAGAUCGCACGCAGCCCUGCACACGUUGAGUUUGUGCUUUCCGGCCUCUUUGACCAUGUGGUGAACAAAGUGAUCCGGAUUGGGGAUGUGUCGGUCUCGGCUUUGAGCGGCCGUAAGUCAGCUGUUGGCAAGGGGCUUGUCCACAUGUACAUCUUCAAGUACGAAGCCAAGCGGCGCCUCUUCGCUCACGUGGAUGAGUCAGGGCUGGUUAGCUUUGAGGAUUUGGAAACUCUCAAGAAGGUGCUCCAUGAUCCUGCCAGCUAUCGAGCACACACUGGAGGGCGUCCAUUUGGCAAGUCUCCAGACUUGAAGGAGGGCCAUCUGGAUCCCAGCACAGCGCAGGUGGCUGCAUCGGACAUGACUUGGCUAGGAGCGCUUUCGCCAGUGGCCCAGCAUGCCUUCAAGUUCAUCUCUGACUUCAUCUAUGGGACAACCUAUGACGCAGCUAUCAGGAAUGGGCUCCGAUACAACCACAAAAUCGAUGAUGUCUUGAAACAUCAAGAUGUGGAGCCAGAGUGGAAGAAAGUCAUCUCACCUGAAGACAGCAAGGAGAAUGAAACCAAACCGCAGGAUCUCUCUGAGGAGCAAAAGUUGGAGAGCAGUGACUUCGCUAUGAUCUUGAGAAUGCAGCCACCUGGGGCAGAAGAGAAGAUCCUUGGCAUGGAGAAGCAAGAGCAAGACAUCUUGAAGGAUGCUCAGAAGGACGACGCUCAGGACUUGGUGCAGCGUUCUUUGUUCACUGUGGACGGCAAUGGCAGUCUGGUGUCGCUGGCCAAAAAUCUUCGUGGCUGUUCCUUUGCGUCGCUGAAAGGUGAUGUUGAGAAGAGCACACUGCACAUCUACAAUGUGGACGCAUCUGGGGAGAACGCCAAUGGCCGAAGGUUUCUUUUCUUGGAUUCCGGCAGAGAAGGGCUCUGGGGGCACUUCAACUCAGCAUUCCCUGGCAAGAUCUUGGCCAAAAAGUUUUACAUCAAUUAUACCCAGCAGUCGGUCAAGAAAUGGCGCGACGAACGCUGUCCGAGCGGAAGCUCGCUUGGUCGAGGAGUGCUCAACCUUUCCUGCCUCGAGGCUUGUUUGAUCGCCGCAGGGAAGAAUUUGCCCUCCAUCAUUGGCAAUCGCGACAACAAGUACCAUGGUGGAUCAUGUGAAGUCAACGUGAUCAGUGGAGUGUCGAAGGUGAACCCGUCAGCUUUGACAAAGAUAGCCACGAGCGUAAAGCUCUCAAUGUUGGCUGACAGCCAAGUGAAAGAUUCUGCCCGAUCCAGGGCGACGGCUCGCGAUGACGGACACGAUCGUGAGCCCAUGGCAUGGGCCCCGUUGGGACAUGGAUUGAUGAGCGAGUUGGUCCACCGCUUUCGACCAAAAAGUGUCACACUCUUUUGCGCCAGUGACCCGGUGGAGAUCCUGCCCAUUUUGGAAUGCAAGAUUCCAGUGGUUGCCUUCUGCCAUUCAGAUGAGCAUGCCACCUGGUUCCGCAAGGUUGCCUCGAGCUGUGUGUUCAAGUCCUUCAUCAAUCCGCAGAGCAAGCUGUACAAACCAGAAGUUGCAAAGCUUCUUGUGAGCGAGGAUGGUGACGGUGGCUGUGAGGAGGAGGACCGGCCUUCCAAUGAAGAUGGUGGUAAGGGAAGGGGCGCCGGCGGCCGCGGCCGCGGCCGUGGUGGCCGCGGUCGCGGAGGCCGCGGUCGCGGUCGUCCAAAAGGACGUGGGCGCCCAAAGAACCCCAAAGAUCAGGAGGACAAUGAAAACGAUGAUGAUGGCAAUGAAGAUGACGACGAGGAUGAGGAAGGACAACUGAGCGAAGAAGCAAACUCGGAGUAG